AUGGCCGGUUCCAGGCUCCGCGAUAUCAGCGGAUACUUGAUCUUGCUGAUCGCCAUCACGACUCUGGGGUCGCUACAGUUCGGUUUCCACUUGGCCGAACUUAACGCUCCUCAAGAUGUUAUUACGUGUCGCAAGCAAUCGAUAAAUGCUCUAUCCGCUCUCGACAAGAUCAAAGGUUUGAUCCACAAGAAACCGGUCGAGGAGGAUCAUGGCUUCAUGUCACAUUGUAUUCCCAUGGACGAAGCUUCCUUUGCGACCAUCUCCUCGAUAUUCACACUGGGGGGACUACUGGGAGCUUUGACAUCUGGUCCUUUCUCGUCUAAGCGCGGCCGUCUCCCCGCGAUGCGAAUUACUGGCAUACUUUACCUCGUUGGAGCUGCUAUUGAGACCAUCGCUGGUAGUGUCUUUGUCAUGGCCCUCGGUCGCCUUUUCUCUGGCAUCGGAGCUGGAGCUUCAACUGUCGUCGUCCCUCUAUACAUCAGCGAGAUUGCGCCACCAAAGGAACGAGGAUUGUUUGGCUUCAUGACCCAAAUCUCCAUCAAUGUCGGUAUUUUGGCAGUUCAGACGCUGGGUUACUUCUUGAGCUACGGCACUGCUUGGCGAUGGAUCCUUGGGUCAGGAGUCUUUAUUGCGGCAGCCCAGACCUUGGGACUCGUUGUUGUGCCAGAGAGUCCCUCAUGGUUGGCUGCCCAAGGAGAUGGAACCAAAGCCAAGCGAACUCUGCAGAGGAUUCGCGGAAACGGCUACGAUAUCCAUGAAGAGACCGAGACAUGGGACUCGGAGGAACGUGAUGCCUCCGAAGAAGAUGGCCUUCUUCAAACCGACAGCGCCUCUGAAUCUACACCCAAAAGCCGUCUCGAGCAUCUUGGGUUCUUCCAGGUCCUCCAAGACCCUGAUACCCGACCUGCCAUAAUUGCCGUGGUAGGCAUCAUGUUUGUCCAGCAGCUUUGCGGUGUCAACUCAAUCAUCAUGUACUCUGUCUCUCUUCUUGCUGAUCUACUUCCUAUCUCUUCAGCACUACUUACCAUUCUCAUUUCCGUGGUCAACCUCGUCACCACAAUCGCUUGCGCUCCUCUUCCCGAUCGUCUGGGUCGCAAGACUUGUCUGCUCGCAUCCAUCGUCGGUCAAGGAACCAGCGCUUUUGUCUUGGCUCUAUCAAUUGUAUUCGGGGCCAAGAUUAUCUCUGCCAUUGCUGUUGUGGCUUUCGUCGGUUUCUUUGCCGUCGGUCUCGGCCCUGUGCCAUUCUUGCUCGCCUCUGAGCUUGUCGGACAAGAGGCUGUUGGCGCCACUCAGAGUUGGUGCCUUGCGGCCAACUACGUGGCGACAUUCCUUGUCGCCCAAUUCUUCCCUAUCGUGAACACAGCUCUUAACAAUGUGCUUGGUGGUCACGGAUGGGUGUACUUUAUCUUUGCUGGCCUCGCUGUUGGGUCAUUCAUCUUUGUAUUCUGGAGAGUCCCAGAAACAAAGGGCAAGAAGGAUGUUGAUGAGGUCUGGGGCAGGACAAGACGUGUUGAUUAG